AUGGCUACGGAAACGCCAAACACCGCGCCGCCCCCGGCUGCUACAAGCAUUCCUGACGACAAGAAGACCCAACAACCCCAGAAGAAGGAAGACAAGGCGCAGAAGAAGGAUGCAGCUGCUACGUCUGAGGGAGGAGAGAAGAAGCUUUCUGGAGCUGAGCUGAAGGCAAAGGCAAAGGCUGAGAAGGCGGCAAGAAGAGCAAAGGCCAAGGAGGCGCAACCCGCACCACCUCCCAGCCAGGGAAGCUCCCAGCAGGGCGGAGCAGGAGACGGCAAGGGAGGGAAGGCGAAACCCAGACAGGAUGGUCCCCAGGGGUCUGGUCAAGCUGGCGGUCCAAGGGGCGGUCCGGCGGCCAAGGCCGUGCCGCUCGCUACUCCUAAGGACAACAAGCCGAAGGUCCCCGAGUGCUUCAGUCACCUGUCUAUCGCUAAGAGGUUACACAUGACGGAAGCUGAUAAGGAUGUCCACCCGGCUGUUUUGGUUUUGGGUCAGCAGAUGGGUGCAUUUGCAAUCAACGACAGCACCACGAGAUUAGAGGCGACUCUGUUGGCGUUCAAGAAGGUGAUCGAUUCCUACACGACGCCCCCGGGCAACACGUUCUCGCGCCACUUCACAUCACACGUCCUGAACCCGCAGAUCGAGUAUCUCUCGGCGUGCCGGCCCAUGUGCUUCUCCAUGGGUAACGCCGUCCGCUGGCUCAAGCUUCAGGUCAGCAAGAUCGACAUCGACCUGCCCGACUUCGAGGCCAAGAAGCUCCUGAGCGAGUCCGUCGACAACUUCAUUCGCGAGCGCAUCACCCUCGCAGAUUUCGUCAUCGUCAAGACCGCCGCUGACAGCAUCGAGGAAGGCGAGGUCGUGCUGACCUACGCCUACCACCCGCUCGUCGAGCGCGCCCUGCGCCAGGCCCGCGCCGACGGCAAGCGCUUCUCCGUAGUCGUCGUCGACGACCCGUUCGAGAACACGGGCCGCGACCUCGCCAAGCGCCUGCGCGAUCUACCGGGCCGCGAUGGCGGCCUCGAGGUCGCCUACUGCCCGGACCUGAGCGCUAUGCGCGACCACCUCCGCGAGACAUCGCGCGUGCUUGUCGGCGCCGAGGCCAUGUUUAGUAACGGUGCCAUGUACGCCCGUGCCGGCACGAGCGACAUCGCCAUCGCGGCGGCGGACCAGGGCGUCCGCGUCGUAGCCCUCAGCGAGACCAUCAACUUUACUGAGAGGGUCGCCAUGGACUCGCUGACGUAUAACGAGAUCGACCCGGAGCAGAACACCGAGGAAGGGUUCCGGCUGCUGUUCGACACCACGCGCGACCGUCACAUCUCGGUCGUGGUCACGGAGCUGGGCAUCACAUCGCCUGUGUCUGUGCCGGCGAUUCUCAGGAAGUUGGAGGAGUUGUAA